CUAGGGGAAGUUCAUUCCACCACCUCGGCGUCAGAACAGAGAAGAGUCUUGACUCGUGACUUCCUUGUUAUUUGGGCAUCAGAAAAGAUUGCUUACAGUUACAAAAUGUAGCUGUGAAAAUGUAGCAGUACUAAGAAAAGAGAUUCACAACUACAAGCUGGAGAUAACAUGGAGAAAAGAACCCCACGUUAAGAGUAACGGAUGACCUUCUGGGCUCUACUUCUGAUUGAUAUCACUCUCAUAAUGAUGUGAGACUCAUGAGACAAAACACCCCCAGACCUUAUCUCAGAAUAUAUCUGAUUCUUGUGGAAAUACAUUACCAGACAAUGUGCAGCUGAGUUACAGGGAAUCCUGUUGCUAUGGUUACUGUGAUGUCAUUUACAAUCUAUGCAUGUUUUGAUUCAUAGAGCAUAGAGUUUUGGGAUUAUUAACAUGUUUUCUUGUUUUUGAACAUUUGUUUAGGGCUUUGAAAUAUAUCUAUGUAAGUAAUUAUCAACACUAAGUGUAUAGACAUACUUUCUAUCGUUUGUAAUCCUUUGAAAGGUCUUGUUUUGUUUUUUCGGUUGCUGCUAGCAAAUGACUUGGAAUUUUUCUGAAAGCAAGCAUCGAUGGUGAAAAGAGAAAAUACACAGAACUGUGUAUGAAAAAGCAAUGCUGUGGCUGAAUCUCUCUAGCCCAGACAACCUGUAGAUUUUCUGUGCGUUUGUGAUGAUUUUUUUCUGCCAGCUUCACUUAAACAUCCGGUAAGAUAUCAUCUACACUGACUGAAUUAUGAAUGAAGUGAAUUAGGCACCAGUAGCAACGUGGCUUAGUGGUUAGCACUGAUGCCUCACAGCAAGAAGGUCCAGGGAUCGAAUCCCGGGUUCGAACAGGCAAGGGCCUUUCUGUGUGGAGUUUGCAUGGUCUCCCCGUGCUUCUGUGGGUUUUCUCCCACAGUCCAAAAACAUGUACAUUAGGUUGAUUGGUAAUUCUAAAUUGCCCAUAGGAGUGAGUGUGUGUGUGGUUUUCUGUCUAUAUGUGGCCCUGUGAUGGACUGGUGACCUGUCCAGGGUGUACCCCUGCCUUUUGCCCAAUAUGUGCUGGGAUAGGCUCCAGCAGAUCCUGGUGACCCUGAUUAGGAAUAAAGCGGGUAUAGAAGAUGAAUGAAUGAAUUAGGCACACUAUACUUUUCUCUCUAUGCCUGGAGACAAAGCUAAAAGAAGAUAUACAAUAGAUGUGUAGUAGAACAAAUUACACAAAGGGACAGAGGACAGAACUGUAAAGCUAUGUUUGCUAUGUGUACACAUACUGUGAUUUUAUCUCUGUAUUUUACUGUAUGAAGAAGUAGAUACCUAUUACUGGUUGCUAUGGUAAUAACGUUUAUCAGUGGGUGGUGCAACCAGCUUUCGAAAUUAGUCUUGCUGUUGAAAUGAAACAUUGUGGAAGCAGAUUUGGCAUUUGUAUUCAACAAAUUCAGCAGUAUAUAUACAGCAGGCCACAUCAAAGUCAUUGAAAGGUCAUUUUUCCCAUUUACACCGAUCAGGCAUAACAUUAUGUGUUAAGUGUUAAUCAGUCUUAAGUGAAUAACACUGAUUAUCUCCUCAUCAUGGCAUCUGUUAGUGGGUGGGAUAUAUUAGGCAGCAAGUGAACAUUUCGUCCUCAAAGUUGAUGUGUUAGAAACCGGAAAAAUGGGCAAGUAUAAGGAUUUGAGCGAGUUUGACAAGGGCCUAAUUGUGAUGGCUAGACCACUGGAUCAGAGCAUGUCCAAAACUGCAGCUCUUGUGGGGGUGUUCCCAGUCUGCAGUGGUCAGUAUCUAUCAAAAGUGGUCCAAGGAAGGAGCAGUGGUGAACCGGAGACAGUGUCAUGGGCCGCCAAGUCUCAUUGAUGCCCAUGUGAUCCAAUCCAACAGACGAACUACUGUUGCUCAAAUUGCUGAAGAAGUUAAUGCUGGUUCUGGUAGAAAUGUGUCAUGGAUGGAUGGAUGGAUGGAUAGAUAGAUAGAUUUCUCAACUACUAAACUUUCAUAACAUUUUAUUACUUAAAGAUGGACUGGAGAUUUGGAAAUUUAUAUCAGUAUAUAGUUAUUUUGUGAAACAUCUAUGAACCAGAUUAGUUUCUGAUAUCUUGCUUAAUAGAAGCCCACUCACCUGCCUUUCUUUGCUCUUUCAAUGUUAUUAGCAGAAAAAUGCAGCUUGUCUUGUGUCCUGUGACAGAAAACGUUUGCUUUUUCUUCAUUAAAUAACAGCCUUUUUCCUUUUUUUCAAUGUUAUUAGUUAAGAUUAGCAAUGAUUAAUGUAAUUACUGUGUGCAGUAAAAUAAAUCUGCACUACAGCCAAACUAUCACCAGUGCUUCUGUUCUAGAAAAUGUAUCUAACUAAUUAGCAUUAAAAAUUCAGCAUCACUGAGGUUUAAUGCAGUGUGAAGAUUGUUGGGAGUUGUCUUCAUGAAUAUUAAUUAUUAGUGGGCGGAGUCAAGGAAAAGCAUCAGUGGGUUGGCGUGACAGAACAAAAAGCACUUUAUACAACCAUUCAAAAUACAAAUCAUGUGAGAUAAUAAUAACAUAGGCCCCUUUAAAUGUAGCUUUGCCAGGACUCACAUCCUAAGUGACAUCAUUCUGCCCCACAGUGUCAGUGUUACAGUCCACAACAAAGAUAAACUGACCUGCGGGCAUCGGGUGAUUCUACUGCAUUAUUACCGUGAUGUUUGUUUACAUAAAACAUGGGGAGGAUGAGCAGUUCUUGGUCAACACCAACUGCUCCAACAUUUCCCUGCUCCAGUACGUGAGAUCCAAGCUAGGACUAACUGAGUCAGAGUUAGUGGAUCUGUGUGAUGAAACAGGAGCACUGCUCUUCAUGUCCAGACAACUCCAGGAUUAUGCGAGUCGAAUAUUAUCCCCUCGCAAAACAUAUAUAGUAUGCACCAUCAACCGUAACUCUGUAGGAGCAUAUAUCUCCAUCACUCCACAUGUGGCAAAUCUUGACACGGCUCUACAGGGAGCGCUGCAGAAUCAGUUAGUCAGUCUUGAGCAGGCUCGGCGUAAACUGCGUAAACUGCAUGCUUCGGAGGGCCAUAAAACAUCAGUACAGGCUCAGAAACAACCUGUCAGAACUCCUAAUCCAGUAAACAGAUGAGGUGUAUGCUCCUAGUUUAUUACAUUCCUACCUCCACAAUUCCCUUCCAGAAAAGAGCUUCAUUUACAGCAUGUUUUUGAUCAGAAUGCCCAUCGACUGCACAUAAAUGACUCAGAUAGAGAUGAAAAUAAAGCUCUCUUUACCCUGUCUGCCUCCUCUAGCCAGAGUGUGCUUGUGCCAUUUCUUUACAGUUUUUUAAGUCAUGGAUGUUAGCAGUUGCACCAGAACAAAUUAAUACACUAUACAGCUACACUUUUACAACAUAAUUGGCCUUUUUCUGUCCAUCCUCCUCUUUCUGGUUGUAACACUACAAAUUGUACAGAGCUUGGAAGCUGAAAAAUGUAUUUAAAUAUAAAUCUUGUAUAUGUGAAUU